CAGGAGAACUUAUUCUCUUUCUUUUCUUACACCUCUCUAAAUUUUCUUUUCUCAUCGCAAAGCGCAGAGAGUCUCUGCAUCUUCUUCGAUUCCUCUUGCCUUGUUUAUGAGCUCGAAGGAGAAACCCACUCUCGGUGGUACGCGGAUUAAGACCCGCAAACGGAAUAUUGCAGAGCCUUUGGACCCUGCAGCAUUUGCGGAUGCAGUGGUCCAAAUUUAUUUGGAUAAUGCUGGUGAUUUGGAACUUGUUGCCAAGAGCAUUGAGUCUACAGACCUUAACUUCUCAAGAUACGGUGACACCCUUUUUGAGGUUAUCUUCACAGGGGGGCGUACACAACCUGGAACAAUUAAACCUGAUGAAGGGGACCGCCACCCUUACUCUGUAAUUGAGUGUGAACCUAGACGUGAAGUCAUUUUGCCAUCUGUAAUCUACGUGCAAAAGAUAUUGAGGAGAAAACCGUUUCUUAUAAAGAAUCUUGAAAAUGUUAUGCGGAGAAUGUUGCAAUGUUUGGAGUUCUUUGAGGAAAAUGAGAGGAAGAAGUUGGCAAUUUUUACAGCCCUUGCCUUUUCCCAGAAGCUUUCUGGCCUCCCGCCAGAAACGGUUUUCCAGCCAUUGCUCAAAGAUAACCUUGUUGCCAAAGGGCUAGUCCUCUCAUUUAUCACAGACUUCUUUAAAGAAUAUUUGGUUGACAACAGUCUUGAUGAUUUGAUCUCAAUCCUUAAGCGGGGUAAAAUGGAAGGUAAUCUCUUGGAGUUCUUCCCUUCGGCAAAGCGGACACCUGAAGCUGUCUCUGAGCAUUUCACUGGAGCAUUUAUUUUUCAUAGUCCCUUUGUGCAAUUUGUUUGGCACCAUUCAACCAGACAAGUGUUCAAACUGAACAAGUAUGGUACUGUUACCGUGAUUAUUUUUUUUUUUGGGGGGGNCAUGACGACUCAGAUAGCAGAAGAAGCUAAUAUUUCUGAAGUAAUAGAAACUGUCAAGCAACACGUCAAAGAUGCUAAACUGCCGGAUAUAGAAGUUGUGAGAAUUCUGUGGGAUGUCUUGAUGGAUGCUGUGCAGUGGUCUGGGAAGAAUCAACAGCAAAAUGCUAAUUCGGCCCUUCGCCAGGUGAAAACAUGGGCACAGCUGUUGAAUACAUUCUGCACAACAGGAAAGCUUGAAUUGGAGCUUAUAUACAAAGUCCAAGUUCAGUGCUAUGAGGAUGCUAAACUGAUGAAGUUGUUCCCAGAAAUUAUAAGGUCCCUCUAUGACCAAGAUGUGCUGGCAGAAGACACCAUUCUUCAUUGGUUCCGUAAGGGAACUAACCCUAAGGGCAGGCAAGCUCUUGUCAAGUCGCUGGAUCCCUUUGUUAAAUGGCUGGAGGAGGCAGAGGAAGAGGAAUAAUUUCUUCUGAUGCUGCGUGUUAGUUUUUUUCGAUUUUCUGGAGAACUUAUUCCUCCUAAAUAUUUAAAAUAAUGGAUUCCAAAUUUUCACACGAAUUGACAUUUGUUUGCUUCAUGUUGUUGUAAUUUGUUAUGGCUUUUCUCAUUUGGAUCUUAAUCUUUAUUCUCACACUGCUUCCA